AUGUCUCUCUCUCACUAUCCUUCUCUCUCUGUCUAUCCUUCUCUCUCUCUACUUCUCUCUCUCUAUAUAUAUAUCCUUCUCUCUCUAUCUCUCAAUCUAUCGUUCUCUUUCUCCCUAUCCUUCUCUCACUCUAUCCUUCUUUUUCUGCUUAUCUAUCCUUCUGUCUCUAUCAAUCUAUCCUCCUCUCUCACUAUCUAUCUAUCUAUCUAUCUAUCUAUCUAUCCUUCUCUCUCUCUAUUAAUCUAUCCAUCUCUCUGCAUCUAUCCUUUCUCUCUAUCUAUCCUCUUUCUAUCUAACCUUUCUCUCUAUUCUUCUCUCUCUAUCUCCUUCUAUCUAUCUAUCCUUCUCUCUCUCUCUCUCUCUCUCUCUCUCUCUCUCUCUAUCUAUCAAUCUAUCUAUCACUUCACUCUCUCCCUGCUCCUUCUAUCUAUCUCCUCAUGUUCAUAUUCAUUUUUCUUCUUUUCACCUCCUCCUCACAAUAAUUUAUCACAAUCUAUCUAUCUAUCUAUCUAUCUAUCUAAGUUUGUUUAUAUCUAUUUUGGAAGCUAUCACAGUCUAUCUAUCUAUCUAUCUAUCUAUCUAUCUAUCUAUCUAUCUAUCUAUCUAAGUUUGUUCAUACCUACUUUGGAAGUUAUCAUAGUCUAUCUAUCUAUCUAUCUAUCUAUCUAUAAAUUUGUUCAUACCUACUUUGGAAGUUAUCACAGUCUCUAUAUCUAUCUAUCUAUCUAUGGAUAUUCUGCAUACUGUUGUAUGCUCCAUGAGCACCGUAUCUAUCUAUCUAUCUAUCUAUCUAUCUAUCUAUCUAUCUAUCUAUCUAUUUCAGUCUGUUCAUUAUCUAUCUAUCUAUCUAUCUAUCUAUCUAUCUAUCUUACUCUCUUUGCCAAGCAUUUAUGGCCUUAUGAGUAA